CAUCAGGACAGCUGUAGCAAGCUAGCUUGCUAACAGUCUGCGUAACCAAGCUAACGCCACGACUGAUUAAGAUAUGCAUUAGCAAUUUUGCUGUUAUAUUUUCAACGCCUUUGUCAUUUUGUAGUUUUAUGGUAAUGGUUGCGAUCUGGUACAACGAUAAUUCAUAGCAAGCCGAUAGUAUGUAAGCAAACUAGCUAUGGUAGUGUUUUUGUUAUAUCAGCUUAGAAACAGAACUGGCUAAUUACUAGACUUACUAACACGGGCUGCAUCGUGGUGCUGAGCUAGCGUACUUCUGUAUUCAUUUAGCCAAAUCCCACAUUGCCACAGACAUGCAGUUGCUCUAAUGGGAAACGCUGGAAAUAGGUGUAUAAUUGUCUGGCAGAAAUAUUUAGAAAGGACAAGCUCUACUUCACUGUCAUAAACGUAUUCGAUUGUUUGGUCGCACAUCACUAAAGACGAGAAGUGCCCUUGGCCUGGUAAAUCCGUCUAUGGCGUUAAUCAAAGUUUUAAAGUAGAUUAGCUGGGGUAGUCUGUUAGAGAAAUAGAAUAAUUCAUUCGUGGUGUCGUUCCAUUUGUAGGCCAGAUUUAAAAGAUGUUUCACAGUAAAUAUUCUUUAUCUCUGUUCUUGUCUGCUGAUUAACAAACUGAAUAACUCCUUGGCGUUCAAGGCUCUUUUCGGAAGUGAUUGCUGUCAGGAGAAAGCUUGUACCCUGUGCUGUUGAAGUAGCUCAUCUUCUGGCAUGUGGCUUUGGGCUAGCUAUGUAGCACCAUGUUUGCCACAAGGAGGAAGGCCCUAGAGGCCACAUCUGACUGUCAAGUGUGAAAUCAUUGCCACGGAAAUUAGUGCCAUAAAUAUGAUGGUGGGAUAGUGACAGAGUUGGUCAGUCUGGCUGGUUGAGGUGUUGAGGGGACACCACAAACCAGGCCAGGACUCUGACAAAAACUUUUGCUGCCCUCAGUAUAUCUCCUCCUCAUCUCCAUGUCAGUCCCUUAAGUCAUAGCUACAAUUAUGGUGACUCUUAUCACAGAGCAGCUCCGUAAGCAGAGUUUGGAAGAGCCUUAUCACAAGGCUUUCUCAUUCAAUGUCAAUGCGUCUUUCCCGGCAGUGGGCUCCAGUCCCACAGUUUCAUGGACUGCUUGUAGACCAACACAGGAGACUAGCUCAGCUGCACUCUCAUCAUCCAAAACCAACCUUCCAGAUGCUUCCAGUGGGAUAGACUCCCAAUGGACUCGCUCCAGAGUUGGGGAACUGCUCAUCAGACCAGAGGCGUCAAACACCGGCAAGACUUUACAAAAUUCCCCUCCCCCACCUCCUCCAAAACGCCACUGCCGUUCCCUCUCUGUCCCUGAGGACCUGUCUCGCUGCCGCUCUACCUGGCAUCCCAGUGCAUUCAAGGUUUGGACCCCAGUCAGACGUGGCUGCCACAGUGGAGAAGUAUCCGUUUCAGCCUCUGGAGCGAGCUCAUUGCCACUUUGCGGCCCAAGUUCCUCUUUUACUUCUUCUUCCCUAAACUCUUCUUCUAGUCCUACUUUCUUUAGCUUAGCACUGUCCUCUGACUCACCACUACCAUGGAGCUUCCCAUGGGACCCCUGUGAUGCAUUGAAAGGACCCUGCUCUUCCUCCAUUGCUGCCCCUUCUUCCUGCUCAUCUUCACCUGCACCCCUAGUUUCUCAUUCAGUGCUGCAGCGCCGCUUCUCCCUCUCCCCUGUUCAAAUUCAGAAUACCACUGUGGUACUCCAGCCCCCUCAACCAUUCCCAGCUUCAGGUCUUACGUAUGGCUCUUCUGGCAUGGAGCACCCAGCCCUGUCUCCAUCUCCCACUUCUGCCUGCAGUACACCACCGUCUUCAAGACGCAGCCUGCAUCCAGUGCUGCCACGAUGCCACUCACAGCCCUGUGACAUGCGCAGACCUCGCUUGAAGAGGCGUCAUGACCAAGAUGCUCUACCAUGCCCUAGACCAGGGCUUGACUUCAGCAAAAUGACACAGAUUGGCAAUGUUGGGACCUUAGUGUGCAGUACUGGAGGCUGCAUAGUUCCCACGUCUUCCCAGGCAGAGCAGCACAUCACCUUUUCCCCUGUUGAGUUCCUUGGACGUGUGAGCAUCGGGCCACUUAGUGAGAGCGAGGAAGAAGAUAAAAGAAAAAAGACUGCAACCGAUGAAGGGCAAAAUAUGUUCUUUGAAAGAGACUGCACAGAACUGGACUUGAACCUCAUAGAAGAGAACUGACCACUUGUUGGUGCUCUCAGUGUGAUCACUGCUUUAAUCAACAUGUUAAGCACACCUUCAGGCUUUGUGCGCUUUACUGGCCGAGUCUUUGAAAACUUGCUGCCCUUCAAAGACUUAUCUGUCCUGAGUUCAUGAUCAAGAACCAAGCACUUAGGAGCUAAUAUCAAACUACAAUGUUAUGAUUGUAAUACUUGAGCUAGUUUCACAAAAAAAUGUCAGUGCCUGUCUAUUGAACAAACCAUAGUAAAAUGUGCAUGAACAAAGUUUUCAUGCACACAGAAUUUUGGCUCCUAUUUCAUACUGAUCCAAUGCUUUAUUAUUAAAGAUUGGUAUGCAUUAUAUCGUCAUCAAAGAACAGUAUAUACUAAAGUAAGCAGAAUGUUAAUAUUUCCUCAGAAGUGAUUUGAAUUAAUGCCAAAAGCCAAUAGUUAAAUGGAUGAACAUGAGCAUUGCUUGAUCACAAACUGGAGUAGUCUAUUUUGAGUUGGGGUUUCUGCAUUUGUGGGCUGUUAAAGGUUGACAAGAUGUUCCAUGUGUAGCUCUUUUUUUCUUUUACAAAUCCAAAAGUAAAAUACUCAUCUUAUUUGUAAAUCCUUCCUUUUUGGUUUUACAUGACCUCUCCAUACCCACAUUUAUUCUCUCUGCUGUUCUGUGAUUCUCUUUUUCCAUUUGAAGCAACUCUACAUCAUCAAAUAAUUGUUUUUCUUAUUUUUUAUGGAAAAAGAUAUUAAUGCUUGUUAACAGUAGUAAUGGUGAGACGGUAAACUGACCAUGCCUUAAGCUUGAAAUAGAGUUUGUGGUGCUCUGGUCUUCUUUUCACAGCCAGACAUUUUUGCAGUCUCCAUAACUGAUUCAGAUAUUUUUGGAAUGGAUGGAACAUGCACUAAUAGUCAACUAAAUAACUGAAACAAUGCUGCAGCUGGAAUCCAUAAGGCACAAUGUAAUGUACUGUUCAAUGGUUAGAGAGUACAUGUCUGGCCAAUUGUGAGUGUAUGUGAUUUUGCAGUUGUGAUGCAGAUGAUUGGUGGCCUUUCAGAAAUGAUUUUCAUGUGUUUUCAGAUGGAAAUAUUCCUGUUGCACAAUUUAUGUACAAAUAAAGUUUAAUAGAGAAUAUUUUUUUCCC